AGUUGGUGCUCGAGAGCCGCUCAUGCCCCACAUUUCGUUUAUGUGUUGGCACUGCAAGGCACAUUCCUGCACCGGUUAAAACGGAAGAUCUUCCGUCGUUGCGAUUUUCCGAUUCACGUAAAAUUUGCGUUCUUAAUAUUUUAAAUUAUAGUGCUAUAUUCCAACUGCAAAUUUGGCUGAAAGAAAAAUUUUGUAAGGUUCCUCACAAUGUUACCGGAAAUCAAAUAAAUGUACCUGUAAAAUUUUCAAAGAAAAUAAUGGAAGAGGACGAUGGCUUUGGAUUUACAAGACGUGAUGAUAUGGUCCUGCGCAAGGUGUUGACGUCACGAUCGACGGUUACAAAAGGAAUGACGACGAAGGAUGAUGUGGUGGGGGAAUUGGAGAACCGAAGAGCGCAAAAUACUAAGGAGGCAACAACAGCUUUGAAAAACACCCCCAACCCAACGAGCAGCGGAUUCAUUCUGGCACCGACGAAAGGCGUGGUGAAGGGAGGCACGACUUAUUCACCGGAAACCGGAAGCGAUUUACUCGCGAAGCGGCAACACACGAAGACCUCAGUUGCUCGUGACACGCCGAACAUACCAAACGUGGUUGAGUAUCAUUUGAAAGUGAAGCCACAGUGCCUGAAGGACACAGUAGACAGCCAACAUAAUUCCGUCACCGGCGAGAUGAAAAAGGACAAUCCCCCAAGCUCGAGAGUUGAUGACAAGAAAAAGGAUAUUUCCACGAAACUUUCAAAAUUGACAAUCAACAAUAAUGUCUUUGAAGGAUCGAGUGAAUUGCCGCAAGUAUUUCAAGUGAAAUAUCUUGGAUCACAUGACGCCAGAGGCCUCUGGGGUAUAAAGCACACACGUAAACCAGUCGAUAAUAUGGUGGCAGCUGCAAAAUCAUUACCGGCUGGUACAAUUCUUCCGUUUAUUAAACUCGUUGUUUCAAAGGAGGGCGUUGCCCUCUUGCCAUUGGGAGGUAAGAAAAAACUUGACGCUGGAAUCUCCAAGGUCUAUCCGAUUGAGACAAUUUCCUAUGGAGUUCAAGAUCUCGUUUAUACAAGAGUUUUUUCCAUGAUUAUCGUUAGGGAAACCGACAAUUUCCGUCGUCUCUCGCCCUUCGAGUGUCAUGGAUUUGUUUGUGAAUCAAAACAUCAUGCAAGACAAUUGACUUAUGCAUUGGCUUCGGCUUUUCAAAUUUAUUCACAGCAUAUUAAAUCGUCAACACAAAAGAAAGUUGUUGUCGAUGUUCAAAGUAAUACAAAAAAACGAUUUGUUAUCGAUCUCAGAAGUCCGGAUGAUAUUGAAGCUGAUCUUAAUCUUGAUUCUGAAGCGUGAAGAAAAAAAAAACUACUAUUAGUUGUGUAUAUAAGAAAUCAGACUGAAAUUCGAAUGAUGAUAAAUUAUUGAUAAUGAAAUAAUAUUUUUGUAAAUAUUUGAAAAUUAGGAAUAUUUUUGUAAAUUAACAUUCUUUUUAAGACAAGAUAUCUCUUGUGAUGUAUUUUAUUAAAUAUUUUUUAUUUUUAUUUUUAUCUAGAUAUAGAUAGUAGUUUUGUAUCGUGUGGAUUUUAAAGCGAGCAGACAAUAUUUUUUGUCUAACGCAAUGGCUAGAAAUCCAAAGAUACUGAAUAGAAAAGAGAUAAUGGUUAUUAACUGCGAGGUUUUCUCUCCAUUUCUAUAUUAUAAAGUUAAGCUAUCUCAUUGGCAAUAUUUAAAAAAAAAAUUAAUAUGAUAGAAAAAAGUUUGCCAACGUCGUUUAAAAAAAAAGUAUAUUUAUUUUUAAAAGUUGCAAAAAUGUUUUUUUCGAAAAUUUUUUUUUUUUUUAAUUAAAAUUAUUUUUCCUCAAUGAGAUUUUAUUUGUUUCGUGAAUUUCUUUUCAAAUAAAUUAAAUAUUUUUGCAACGUUGGCACCUUUAUGAAGCAUAAAAUCACUUUUGUACAGUUCUUCAUAAUUGAAAAAAAAUUUUCUGCUUAGAAAAUUGAAUUACACAAAAACCAAUAUCAACACAUAUCAUUGUAAAUAUUAAAUUAUAUUUUAAUUAAGUUACAAAUUAAAAUAUUAUGUAUAAAUGAUAAAUUUUUGUUUUUCUUAAACUUUAGGCAUAUGGGACGCUUGUGUAACUUGUAUAAUUUUUGCGCAUUAUUUUUUUUAAA